AAAGAGAUUUGCUGAGCAUCACCGACGUCAUGCACAUCCAUUGUAAACACGGAGGCAGCGCAGACAACUGAGCCAACUAAUGCACAAGUUACCACGUGAUCAAACAUGGCGGCUCCCGUGGGAACGCCGUGAAAAUGGUCUCAUGGCCGCGCGCUCUGUCGCACUUCGCGGAAAUGAGGUGAUGGGCGCGGCCCUGCAAACGGCAGCUAUCAUGCUCAUGAUGAUAACGAAAUUUGGCAUCAUAAACUGCUGUGGAAGGUACGCCUAUAAUCGAGAUGGUUAUUAGGCUAAUAAAAAAAUAAAGAUACGAAAAAAAUAUCAGAAAUAAGAUAAUAGAUCCGCAAUAUACCCGUCAGCUUCGCAGAAAUAAAUAAAUAAAAAUAAGCUAACACACAAUUAAGAGAAUUACGCUUCUUCGUGCGUAAUUCUUGCGCUUUCCUGAAUGAAAUGAUGAGGGACAUGAGGUAUCACUACCACCUCAAGUUCGACGCCAUGUUUGCACUUGUCCAGAUUUACGAUGGGGAGGAAAAAACAACCAAAUACUUGGGAGAUCGUCCUAGGUUUGAUCCUGAACGAACAAGCAGCGCACAAGCAAGAAAACAAGAAGUAUCAUAAGCGCAGUGCUCAAACUAAUACAAGACUACUGACGCGGGAGAGCGCGAGCUUAAGUAUUAUAGGCCUUCCGCGGCGAGGCGGCUGGUCGUGGAAACGCCGCUCACCCUUUCUUAUCUUUCUUGUUUUUUUCCGUUCGCAUUUCACGCGCUUUCCCGACUUGUAGAAAGUGGACACCCGAGAGCGAAGGGCGUCAGGACGCCACGUUUGCCGAAGCAAGGCAGCUGGCUCGACCCCGGGCACACGUCGCAAGUGGCGGUGUUUUGGAGAUGCGUGCCAUUCAUCGGCGAACCGAUCGUGCGAAGAAAGAUCUCGCGUGUAGUGCACGAGAGCCCAAUUUGUUCUUCAACCAAGAACUACGUCCUGUGGAUUUUCCUGAUGGCUCUACAAAAAUUCUCGGCCGGCAUGACUACCGACUGAAUAAGAAGAUGACUGCCAGCCAUCAGUUCUAGAAGCUGUUUCCUACUUCGGAGACUUGCACGCGGGUCACCUAUAAAGGCAUGGAGGGAAGCCAGGGGCGUCAGCAGCUGCGACAGUCUCAGCAGCAGCACGAGCGGAAAGGGCGGCCGCCGCCAGCUGAACCUGACGACAUGCGAUCCUGGCUGGUGGCUGUCGCCUGCGGCUGGAACCUGCUCUGGAGUAGUCUCGUUCGUCGCUCCACGGGAGUCAUCUACGUCGCCCUAGUCCACGCGUUCGGCGCCACACGCGAACAAAGCAGCUGGGUGCUCAGCGUCGGCACCAGCAUCGCCUGGCUGAUCGGUCCUCUCGUCGGCUUCCUCACGAAGCAUGUACCACUGAUGGCGUUGUCUUUCACCGGAAGCCUCUUGACGGCCGUGAGCGCCAUAGGCUGCGCCUUCGCCGGGGACAUGACGGCCGUCUUCCUGCUGCUUGGAAUCUGCAGCGGUAUCGGCAACGGCAUCGGGAUAUCUACUAACGACGUGAUUAUCGGCAAGUACUUCAAGCGAUACCGAGGCUCGGGCAACGGCAUCUACUACACGGGCGGCACGUUGGCCGGGUUCGCUUUCCCACAGAUCCUGCACCUCCUGUUGCAGGAGUACGGCUUCAUGGGCGCCUUCCUCAUCACUGGCGGUCUUAUGCUCAAUGCCCUGUCAGUGUGCAUCAUCUUCAAGACACCUCCCUGGGAGGCCUCGAAAUCCGCGCACGCAACGAUCUCGCCCGCGACAGCUCCAGCUAGCACAUCCGGCGAUGGAGAGCGGCGGCGAGGAUCAGCAGCGAAUCCGGAGCGUUCGGCACGAGUGGCGACGAUUAAUGGUACCUAUAAGGCCGUCAUCGAAGCCGGCACGUCCAUCAACGCCGAACACAAUGGCACCAAGUCCAGGGACGUGCGACUGAAACCUAACACGUCGAUUUUGCAAAGCUGCGAGGAUUUCGCCUCUCACGCGAACGGGUCUUCACCCGACAAUCAAGCGGGCAUCGUCGGCGUGUCUACCCGCGAAAUCUCCGACAGACGUGCUCCAGCGGUCGCAAACGGCAAGGCGACCACGCGCGAGUUUCCUCCCUGUCCUAAAUCCAUACAGUUCGGGCGCAUUUCAUUUGGCUUCCUCAAGAGAAAACAAAGCGGUGACGGCAACACUCCUUCGUACACUCACUUGGAUGGCGCCUACAAAAUUCAAAAUGGUGGAAUUGGUAGCACCGGCAACAAUGGCGCCGUCGCACCACCGUGGUCUGUGUCAGAGCCGGAAGUCAUCAUCGCCAACGGAUGUCCCGAAGCUGUCGCCGUCGUUACCGCGGUCAAAGGACUCUGUCGGGAGACGUCUGCCCGUCGAGACGCUCUGGAGGCAAGCGACGAUGGCGGGGGCUCGUCGUAUUGGAGCUUCCUUCGGGCGCCCGUCUUCUACAUGGUGGCCGUGACGUACACCUUCUCCGUCUACACGCUACUGGUUCUGAUGAUCCUCGUCGACUUCGCUGUCGACAAGGGCUUCACGCCUCGCGACGGCGCAGUGUUUCUCUCGGUGUCCGCCAUCGGCGACGCCUGCUCCCGUCUUGUGGCCGGCGCGCUGUCGGAUCGGGCCUUCUGCGACCGGCGCGUGCUGAUGAGCGCCAGCACGAUGCUCACGGGCGCGCUGUGCGUCGCGAUGCCCAGCAUACGACCCGGCCGCUAUGUGGUGACGGCGCUGAUGUGCGCACUGUUCGGCUGGAGCAACGGCACUGUGGUCGUGAUGUUCGCGCCCGUGCUCGCCGACCAGCUGGGAGUGGAGAACUUGGGACUCUCGUCGGGCGUCACCCGGUUCGGGAUGGGCCUCGCCUACAUGGCGUGCCCCAAGAUAACCGGUUACUACAAGGACGAAAUCGGGUCAUACGAUGGACUAUUCUACAUGAUCAGCAUUGGCUCUUUCUUGGUGUGCUUAAUGUGGACAGCGGACUUCAUUUACAGACAUUUCAAGAGAUGCCGGAUGAAUAGUGCAUCUUGACGCAGCAUGCUUCACGUCUACAUGCUUGACGUGAUAAUACGAUAGACAUUUGCUGAUCACAUAGCAUUUGUUGUGCAGACGGUGGACUGUGCUCUGAGCAAUGCAGACAGUGGAUUGUACCUUGAGCAUCCCGACCUUUCUUACGUACAAUACAAAAUGUCAGUGCAGGAUCCUCCUAAGAUGUCUUUUUUUAAAUAAAUAUUUAAGAAAAACAUA